AUGAGACGACGCCACUCCAAGUGGGUAAUGGUAAUUUUGCAUUCAAUGUUGAUAACACAGGUUUGCAGACCUUUCUGCCUUUCAACACGUUAUCCAGUUGGGGCUGGCAUAAUGAUUCUCUCCCAAGCAAUGGGUGAGGAGAAAAUUGAGAAUUAUCAUGGAGUCCCCAUGUUAACCCAUGGGCGGAACGUGUCCUAUGAUAUCCCUGACCCUGGCCUCCCUGAAGUGUCGCAAUGGCUCACUGCGAAUCCCAACCGCAUAAAUCUAGGACGCAUAGGAUUACAGUACAAAGGGUCACUUGUCUCCGCGUCUCAAAUUACAGAGCCGCGACAGGAGCUCGACCUAUGGAAAGGGGUCAUCACCUCGACCUUCAAGAUUGAUGGCCAAUUAGUCAACGUGGUGACUCAAGGAGACUUACAUUCGGACUCAGUAGUCUUUGAAAUCGAGUCGAGCCUAAUCGCAUCUGGUGAUUUGGGCGUCGAGCUAGACUUUCCAUACCCACCAAUUCACUCCACCAAGUACAAAUAUGAAGUCUUCGUUGGUGUCUACGAUUUCCCCGAAAACCAUACUACCAGUAUUGAGGGGUACAGGGACAGCAUGGCACAUAUUCGACACGAGUUGCAGGAGACAAAUUACUAUCUCAAUCUGCGAUGGGGCCCUGGACAACCCCUACGGCUUUCUCGUCAACACAAUGCAACCCACAGAUACACCCUCAAAUCCAGAUCGUCUUCUUCCAUGGCAUUCACGGCGAACUUUUCACCAGAAAUGCAAACGGCUGAUCUACCAGCUGUGGUUCAGCAGCGUAGUUCCUCGGCAUGGAACCAGUACUGGACUCAAGGAGGGUUUAUCGAUCUAACAUCCUCAUCUAACCCUAAGGCAGACGAGCUCCAGCGUCGCAUUAUUCUAUCACAAUACCAUGUGCGGGUUAACAGCGCAGCUAAGGGACAGUCACCGCAGGAAAGCGGUCUGAUGAACAAUGGGUGGUAUGGGAAGUUCCACAUGGAAAUGGUGAUUUGGCAUAACGCGCACUGGGCGACAUGGGGUCGCCAAGAACAAUUUGACAGCAUUUUUCCAGAAUUAUAUGACACAUUACUACCAUCGUCAUUCGCACGGGCAAGGUCUAUGGGGUGGGACGGAGCACGUUGGCCAAAAAUGACUGAUGUUGAGACCGGUGUGAGCUCACCCGGCGGCAUCAAUGGUCUUCUAAUGUGGCAACAGGCAUCACCGACACACGAGACCCUUGAACGAUGGGACCGCAUCUUAACGGCCACAGCUGAUUAUAUGGCCUCUUACGCGUGGAAGAAUACAAGCUCGGGCUAUUAUGAUCUGGGACCACCGGCAUAUGGCGUGACUGAGAACACACCUCCAUCUGAAAGUCUCAAUCUUGCAUAUGAAAUCGCUUACUGGAGAUACGGACUUGACGUCGCGCGCGAAUGGAAAAGGAAGCUUAACCAGCCAGUUCCCGAGAAAUGGACAGUGGUCGCGGAAGGUCUCGCUCGACCCCCGCAAAUUGACGGUUUGUAUACCGUCUACGAGGGAUUGAACAGUUCAUGGUGGAAUGAUAGCUCUCUAAGCGGAGACCCUCGGAGUUUGAUCAUGCUUCAAGGCAUCCUCCCUAACACACCAGCAGUUGAUCCGGAUAUUGCCUCCAAGACAGCCAAGAAGGUGUGGGAAAUAUGGACCGACGACAAGAUUAGGGGAUGGGGUAGACCCGUCCUUGCGAUCAAUGCGGCACGGGUGGGAGAUCCGGACCGAGCGAUAUACCACUUGACCGCAUAUGGCUAUUGGAAUUUUGAUGAUGCUGGAUUUGCCGAGCGUGGAGGAGAUGGGCUCUUUACAUACGAACGGGAAGUAAUAAUAGCACUAACAACAAUAGUGGCAUACAUGGCUGCCGGCUGGGAAGGGUCCCAGGGCGACGCUCCAGGGUUUCCUCAGGACGGCAGUUGGGUAGUCAGGCAUGAAGGAUUAAUUAGAGCACCGUAG